UUCCAAGACAACGAGAACCCCUGCUGAUGAUUGGUUGUUUGGAGUUAUUCCCGCACUGAUUGUGGCUUGUAAUAAACGAAGUUUGUUACGGUCUUCUUUUCUCUCUGAAGUCUUUGGUCAUUUUAGGUGGCUGAGCUCCUUAUCUGACAUCAUGGUUGAGCAGUUUGUUGGAAAGUGGACUCUAGUUUCCAGCGAGAACUUUGAUGAAUACAUGAAAGCAGUCGGUAUGAGCUUUGCCACGCGGCAGAUGGGCAACCUGGCCAAGCCUAACCUGGUGAUCAGCGUGGGUGAUGAUGGGGUUAUUUCAAUAAAGGCUGAGAGCACUUUAAAGACGACCGCGAUUAAGUUCAAGCUGAAUGAGGAGUUCGAUGAGACGACAGCAGAUGGUCGCAGCGCGAGGUCCAUCUUCACCAUUGAGAAUGGGAAACUUGUGCAGAAACAGUCCUGGGAUGAAAAGACUACAACUCUGGAGAGAGAGGUUCAAGAUGGAAAACUUAAAGCUAAAUGCAUAAUGGAAGAUGUUGUUGCUGUUAGGACAUAUGAAAAAGCAGCAUAACCUCCUUUUGACAACACAGAUGAAUGCAUUGAGUUAUCCGAAGAUCUAAAUAAAACUUGUGAUGCUA